AUGUGGCGCUCAAUUAGAUGGCACAAUGCUGCUCCAUUAGGGCUUUUAAGGAUAGCCCAAAGGAACUAUGCUACUCAUGUGAAGAGUUUCUUUGAGCUUUACCCAAAGACAUUCCCCAAUGGCGGUCCACCAAAGGAUCCAUUCAUUAUCAAUGAUAGACUGUUGAGAAGAGAACAUCGAGGACUUCAAAGCCAGAACCACCCGGAUAUAGUGAUGGGUUCUGCAUCACUUCUGAGUGGUGAAGGCGAGGAGGCAAAGAGUGAAAACCAGAUCUCGGCGCUCUUGAACCGUGCUUACUCGACCAUCAAGAACCCAUAUACUCGAGCAGCGUACCUUAUUAGGAUCCAGCAUCCAGAACAGCUUGAUAUCACACAAGAUGAAACUUCGAAAGAUCUAAUUGCCAAGUUUCAAGAGUCUUCUUCUGACUACUCGUUGGAUUACAAGGUUCUACUAAUGACUGUGCUUGAAGCGCAUGAGUCGCUUGAAAUGGCUGCCAGUGAAGCUGACUUGGAGUCUUUGGCAACUGAAAACGAUGAAAGAGUUGAAGAAAGUGAAGAAAAGUUGGAGAAGUUGUUUAAGACCGAGCCCACUCCUUGGAACGACAUUUUGAUUGAAACCAUUAGAUUGAAGUACUGGAUGAACAUUGCCAAUGGUAUCAAAGAAUGGGAACCUGGUAAGCCAGUUCAUCUUACCCAUUGA